ACAGCUGGUGCUGGUGUGUACGGGAACUUGGCCAACGAUUAAAUAAUAAUAAUAGUUAUAAUAAUAGUAAACAGCAAAAAUGUCUAAUCCUUCACCCAGGAAACAAACUUGUCAAUAAGACGGAUUGAGGGUCUUUAAAAGUGGAGUUUGAAUUUCAUAUUUAUCAUCAACUUUGUAUUUUUCAACAGGAAUGCGCUCUUCACAAGUUGUCCUUGCUGUUAUCCUAGCCAGUGUAUGCGGGACCCUCUGGUGCCAGUCUCUCUUGGGCGCGGCCCCUAGAGUGGUCUUCUCCGGUGACGAUGCCACCCUGCCUACCCCGUUCGCCCCGGGCCUGGUGUCCGUGACAUGGCAAGCUCCGGGCGGCGCCAUCCUGGGCCUGUGGUGGGCGCAGGGCCCGAGCGGCCGGUCUGAGGGGGUGGCGUUCGGCCACGUGGCCCACUACGGCGGUCGGCUGAAUGUCACCAUCACCCAGCUGCGCAUAGCAGCGGCUCAGUCCAGCGACGCUGGAAACUACACCGUCACCGCCGUCACCAACACAACAAGUGGUGACAUCAUUGUACGCUCUGUCCUGGUGGAGCUGAGGGUUUACGAGGACUCUUCUGUGAAACAUGGCAUCUCUGAAGUACUCCAAGAAGCAAAUGGAGGACUUGAUGACGUUCCAGAGUCCCCGGCCGCUCAGAGGAAUGCAGACCCCUGCACUGCUGCCGGAUGCAUGUGGGAGAAGUCUACAGACGGACACGUCUAUGUGCCCUACGUCCUGAGCAGUCAAUACUCGUCUGUUGAAAGGAGUCUGAUUGAGGGAGGCAUGAAGUCGAUUCACUCGUCCACCUGCGUGCGGUUCAGAGAGCGCCAGUCUGAGAGAGACUACCUCAGCAUAACGUCUGGAAAAGGGUGUAGCUCGUACAUUGGGCGUCAGGGGGGCGAGCAGCAGGUGUCUUUGCAGCGUAUGGGGUGCAUGUACACGAGCACCAUCCAACACGAGCUGCUGCACGCGCUCGGCUUCAACCACGAGCACCAGAGGAGCGACCGCGACAACCACGUCAGAGUUUAUCUGGAGAACGUAGAGGAUGGCAAGGAACGCAAUUUCAACAAAGUAGCCACACUGAAUCAGAACACAGCGUACGACUAUAGCUCUGUGAUGCAUUACGACAGGCUGGCUUUCUCAAAAGGCACCGCUCCAACCCUGGUGCCCAUCCCUGACUCCAGCGUUUUGAUUGGCCAAGCCCUGAGCAUGAGCAGUGCAGACUUCACUCGAGUGAACAGGCUGUACCAGUGCAAUGAGCUGUCAGUGAAGGUGUCUAUCCAGUCCACCGCCAUCGAGGGGGAGAGUGUGACGCUGCAGUGCACCUGGGCGACGGGAGCCGAGAAGAGCAUCACCUGGAAGAAGGAUGGAGUGGAGAUCACCCAGGGCAACCGCAUCACCGUAGCCGGGGGCCUGCUGGGUAUCAGCUCCCUCCAGAGAGAGGACGCAGGGGACUACAGCUGCACAGUCGCCACCGACGACACGGCAGAGACCUCAAGGGCCAUGCUAACGGUGCACUGGAAGUGUCUCACACUGGGCGGCUUGAUCGGCAUCGUUAUCGCCUGUAUCAUUGUCCUGUGUGCACUCUGCAUUGCCAUUGUACUGCUGGUUAGAGAGAGAAAAGCUCAACAAAAGAGAAAUGCAUCAUAUGGAAUCGGAAACCCAAACUUUAAGGCCUAGCAGAUGAAUAUCUGGCCUUGUCUUAGGCUCAUAUGAAAUGGAGAUUAUUCAGUGAUCCACAAUGGAGAUCUGUGAACUGAAGAACAAUGAUAUUUUCCUUUCAUCUGAAGUCAUCAUCUCAUUGUGAACUGUACUGAAGUAUAUAUAUUUGUUCUAUUGAAUGUGUUACUGCCAUUGGAUAUUGAAGAAUUUUAAAGUGUAUGGGUUUGUGAAUGUUUACAUUAUGGACAUAAGACAGUGCCAUUAACAAAUAACACUUAAGUUUCAUUAAUGUUUUGAUUUGUUUUGUGAAAAAUGUUUAUUUUUUAACUUAAGUAGGUACUGACAGAAAAGAUCAAAUAUCCUAAAUAAAUAAAUCUUAAUAUUUUGCUAGUCACACACAUGGCUAGCUCUGUGAGUGAUCUAGGUUAGCAUUGGUACUGUGAAUUUUUCCCAAUGUGAAUUUACGUAUAUUUAAAUAAAAU